GAUCCUCUGAACUUGGCUCCUGAUUAAAGCUGACAGAUAAUGGAAACAUUUCCUUGGCGAUGUCUCUGGGGCGACUCCUCCGACGUGCCUCUUCAAAAGCUUCAGACCUCCUGACCUUGAAUCCUGGUGGUGGCAGCAGUUCAUCUUCCAUACUUGAUGGGGAGAUUAUCUACUCUAAGAACAAUGUCUGCGUCCAUCCACCUGAGCUGCUACAAGGCAUCGGGGAGCAUCAUCCAGGCUAUUUGUGCUUGUACAUGGAGAAAGAUGAGCUACUCGGGACCACGCUUAUCCUUGCCUGGGUGCCAAACUCCCGCAUUCAGAGGCAGGAUGAAGAAGCCCUGCGCUAUGUCACUCCUGAGAGUUCCCCUGUCCGUAAAGCUCCCCGCAAACGCGGCCGCCACACUCAGGGUUUCGGCAUUGUCCGGCAGGCUUCCCCCACCGAGCAGAGAGGGGCAGUGAUCCUGAAAGGAGAAGACAUCUUGACUGUGUCACAGCUUGUGAAAGAUGUGGCUUACAUCAGCUCCCCCUCUUCGGACGGGGAGAAGCUCUCCCAGUGCUGCCCUGCGGCAGACGGCACCCACCGGCCCCCCCAGCCUGCCCGCAGUGACUCAGGAAUCCUAUCGACAAUCAGUUCUCAGGAGGAGCAGAACAGGUCGGAGCUGUCGGUGGAGGGGACGGAGGAAGGUCUGGACUGCAGACCAGAGCCAGGGGAGGACGAGGGCUCUUUGGAGCUGUCUGUCGAUGACGUGAGCAGGGACAGUACUUUUGACUCUGAUUCUGAUGCCUUCUCUUCCCCCUUCUGCCUCUCUCCCAUUAGUGAAGCCCUCGGGAAAAGCAGUAGUUCUGUGUUUCUGGAUAAUGAAAGCAGGGACACGUGUGACAAUCGCAUGACCUGCUCCACCAGCUCUGCCUCCAGCCUCGACACCAGUGCCCAGUUCCAGGAGAAUAAUGGGCAAAUGCAGAGCACCAGAUGGGACGAACAGCAGAAAGUGUUUGCCCUAGAGCAGGUCUGUGGCGUCUUUAGAGUGGACCUGGGACAAAUGAGAUCCCUUCGCCUCUUCUUUAGCGAUGAGGCAUGCACCUGUGGACAACUGGUUGUUGCGAGCAGGGAGAGCCAGUACAAGAUCUUCCAUUUUCACCAUGGUGGCCUGGAUAAACUGUCCGAGGUGUUUCAGCAAUGGAAGUACUGCACAGAGACCCAUCUCAAGGACCAGCAGCUUACUGAUGAGAAAACCUGUAUGCAGUUCUCUAUCCGCCGUCCAAAGCUGCCCUCCUCGGAAACCCACCCGGAGGAGAACACGUACAAGCGCCUUGAUGUGUCUGCCUGGCUCCAUCACCUGAAUGAAUCCGGACAGGUGGAAGAGGAGUACAAGCUGCAGAAGGCCAUUUUCUUUGGUGGGAUUGAUAUUUCCAUCCGUGGGGAGGUGUGGCCCUUUCUGCUGCACUACUACAGCUACGAGUCCACCUCUGAAGAGAGGGAGGCACUGAGACUGCAGAAGAGGAAAGAGUACUUUGAGAUCCAGGAAAAAAGGCUUUCGAUGACUCCAGAUGAACAGAAGGAUUUUUGGCGUAAAGUACAGUUCACGGUAGAUAAAGACGUCGUGAGGACUGACCGCAGCAACCAGUUCUUUCGAGGGGAGGAUAACCCAAAUGUGGAAACUAUGAGGAGGAUCUUGCUGAACUAUGCAGUAUUUAACCCAACAAUUGGAUACUCCCAGGGGAUGUCCGACCUGGUUGCCCCACUCCUGGCAGAGGUCCUAGAUGAGUCGGAUACUUUCUGGUGCUUUGUAGGAUUGAUGCAGAACACGAUCUUCAUCAGCUCACCCCGGGAUGAGGAUAUGGAGAAACAGCUGAUGUACCUGCGAGAGCUGCUACGGCUCAUGCACCCACGCUUCUACCAGCACCUUUCUUCCUUGGGAGAGGAUGGCCUGCAGAUGCUUUUCUGUCACCGUUGGAUCCUCCUCUGUUUUAAACGUGAAUUUCCAGAUGCUGAGGCUUUGCGCAUGUGGGAAGCGUGCUGGGCUCACUAUCAGACUGACUAUUUCCACCUCUUUAUCUGUGUGGCCAUCGUGGUGAUUUAUGGGGAUGAUGUCAUUGAACAACAGCUGGCCACUGACCAGAUGCUGCUGCAUUUCGGCAACCUGGCUAUGCACAUGAACGGAGAACUUGUACUCAGGAAGGCGAGGAGUCUGCUCUAUCAGUUCCACCUGUUACCCCGCAUCCCCUGCAGCCUGCAUGACCUGUGCAAGCUGUGUGGGACAGGAAUGUGGGACAGUGGCUUCAUCCCCGCUGUGGAGUGCUCUGGCCAUCACCCGGAGUCCGAGAGCUGCCCGUAUGGAGGACUGGCAGAAGUGUCUUCUCCUAAACCAGGAAACGAAGGCAAGAGAGGCUUGAAAACACGGGACGUCUUUGCUUUCCGAAAAUAGCUAUAAAGGAACAGGGUGUGACAGCAGAAGAGGGAAGGGCAGGAAGGAUGUACAUAGGAAAAAAUGUUGAAGACCAAAAUGGAGGG